AUGCGCUGUCUCAUUAGCCUUGCCCUUGGCCUGCUCGCCGUGGAGGUGGCCCUUGCUCUGGAGCCCGUCUUCACCGCAGCCCAGUCCAUGUGCCCUAAGGCCAGCUCUGAAAAGGAAAUGUCCUGUACCCAAAACUGCCGCUCCAACCAGGACUGUGAAGGAAACGCCGUGUGCUGCCCCAGUUCCUGCGGCCUCACCUGCAAAACCCCCAUCAACUUGGAUGCCCCAAAGGCUGGCCGCUGCCCCUGGGUUUCACCCCAGAUCAUCCCUUCCGAGUCAUGCUCAGAGCAGAAUGAGUGCUCCACCGACAGUGACUGUGAAGGCAACGAGAAAUGCUGCACCUCUCGGUGUGCCAUGAAGUGCGUGGUCCCCCAAGCAGUGCCCCACCCUUCAGCAGCCCUGGGGCAGCUACUGUGCAAGAACAAGCCUAAGACCAGGUCCCAAAUGAUUCCCUUCAGUGAGCGGCCUACACCAGGAUCCUCUGACUGCCAGAAGUGA